AUGGCCAACGACCAGGAUCACAUAAGCAGACACGCCGCAUUGCGAAUCAGCACGCCACAAAACAUGUCUCCCACAUCGCCGCCCCUCAUGGCACCCGCCGAAGACGAGCCCGUGGCCGACCUGGAUGAACCGCCUGAACCCCGCGCCCAGCGCCCUGCCCCCUUGGUCCUGCACAGCCCUGCCGACAGCUCGUCCUUUACAAAAUCAAAGCUCGUCCUCGACCGCAAAGAGUCGCUCCUCACCUCGGCCCUCAAGUCGGGCUCCACCACCGCUUCGCCCGUAGAGGACCAUUCCGACCUGAGCCCCGUUCGCGGCAUGUCGUGCGUCUCCACCUGGAGCAACAACAGCGGCACCGCCGACCUCACCAGUGACGGAGGCUUCACCAGCCCCGGUACACGGCCCUGCACCCCCAGCCCACCGCUUCCCUCGACCGCCUUCCACGGCAUGUUGCCCUUGGUCAACACCAAGCCAUUGGACCUCCCGCUUGCUGUCGUCUCGCACGACGACGAGAACCUCUCCCCGCUACAAAAGGCCGUCCCUGCGCAGAAUACCGAGCAGAACAUCGAGGCAGUUCUGGGAAGGAAGCGAUGCAUCAUGUUCGCCUGCGGUCCCAAGGACGACAAGAAGCCCGCCGACGCUCCCGCCAAACCUGCGCCUGCACCCGCCCCUGCAUCCGAAGAAGCCCCAAAGCGCGUCUGCACAAUCAAGUUUGCCUGCCCAACUAAACCUGCAGCCGAAGCUCCUCCCAAUCCUGCUGCUGCCGCUAAACCUCGGCGCAUGGCUAGCCCGGCACCACCACCACGGCGCAUUUCUGCCUCACCAAAACCAAGCCAAAAAUUUCACCGCGACUCCGACUCCACCGUUCGCAACAAUUCUCCCGUCAGUCUCCGGAAAGCUCGUCCUGUGGACCGCACCCGCCGUUUGAGCGCAAACUCGGACUUGGCUCGAUGCGAAGCAUACCGCUUCCACGAGUUUGCAAGCUCGGAAGAGGAGGUCGAAGAGUGGACCCAGGAAGUAACCUGCCACCGCAGCAGGCUGACCGUCCAGGACACGCUCAAGAUUGAGAACAACCUGCGCAAGCUAGGCGAAGAGGUUGCCGAGGAGGAGGCCAUUGACGAAGAAGACGAGGAAGAUGAAGAGGAUGACAUCAUCGAGAUGGACGAUGAUGAUGAUGAUGAUGACGACGAUCUGCUCGAUGACGACGACCAAGACGACAGUGAUGCCCGCAGCGAGACCACAGACGAAGGUUUCCAGACCGACGACGAGAAUGGAUUUGCCGUCUCUGACGAUGAAAGCGAUGCUGGCUCCGACUACAACUGGUGGGCCCCCGGCGCCUCGACCGCCGCAACCUCAGUCGAGCAGCUGGAGCAGCUUCGCCUGAAACCCCACCGAACCGUAUCCGAAUCCUCCAUUGGAUCUCUGGAGAGCCGCGAAGGCCUCAAGAUCAUGGACAAGCCACCAAAGCGCAAAAAAUCCAAGCCAGUCAACAUUCGUGUCCCCAGCCCGGAGCUGCCCGACAGCACAGACUUUGUCUGCGGUACUCUGGAUGAAGACAGGCCGGCCGAGGCUGCUUACAUGUCGACCUUGGAGCGCCGACGUGCCGCCAAGCAUAAGCCCACGCCUCAAGACAUUGACCCUACCUUCCCCACAUCGGAUCCGGAGCUUCCUGAUGACGAAGAGGAUGAAGUCUCGGAAAACGAGCAUCUAGCGUCCGAGACGGAUCACCUCAUGAUGCAUGGUCGCAUGGAUCCGGCUGACGUCGACUUGCGAGGCCGUCGCAAAGACAUGGCCAAGAAGCGUUCGCCUCUGCCUUCGCCGAAGCGCUUACGCUCGCCGCCACCCGCCAAGCGUGCCAUCCACCGGUCUCCACCACCACGCAAGCUGUUUGGCAACUCUCCCAAGCGCCUGCACUCUCCUCCGCCUCCCAUGCGCCUCCGCUCCCCGCCACCUACUCGUCGCGGCUCGGUCAACCCCUUGGCUUCUCGUCAGCGUAGCGACAUGUCGAUACGCUUCGGCGGCAUUGCUGAGCGACCUGCUCCUACCGUCUCUGCUUCUGUCCCACGAACACCUGUCAUCAUGAAGGACCCAUUUGACCUUGAAGAUGAGGACGCGGCCGAUGGUUCCGACAUGCCUGUGCGUCGCGCCAUUGACAUCAAGGUCGGGCUGGAGAAGAAGAAGCAGCGCCGCAAGGAGAAGUUGUACCGCAAGCAACAUCGCAAGGGCGCAAAGGAGAAGCGUCCUGCGCCUCCUGGUCGUGGUGCCGAGCGCAUGCGUGAAAUGGGUCUGGCUGUCCAUGCUCACAAGGGCAAAACCACGACCUUUCAGCCUUUUCAACUCCGUUACCCAGCUAACGAUGAGGACAUCCAUGUCUUGUCUGCAUAG